AUGAAGCUAGUACAGUUUGUUUAUAAUGAAAAUCCAGAAGAAAUCCGCGCCGGUUAUCUUGAAGGCGACAAAGUUGUGGACAUAAACAAAACGGAUUGCAGCAUACCCAGUACUCUCUUAGAGAUACUAAAAAACGGCGACUUGGAGAAAGUUAAGAAACUACCACUUAUGAAACCGCCAUCAAUAGAUCUUAGUUCAGUUAAAUUAGCAGCGCCGAUACAUGGCCAGGAUAAAGUGCUCUGCAUCGGAUUAAAUUAUAAGGAUCAUUGUGAAGAGCAGAAUUUAACACCACCUCCGGUUCCACUUAUCUUCAGCAAGUUCGCAAGCACAGUGGUUGGACCCAAGGAUGCUGUGAAACUACGGACAGAUGUCACUAAUAAAGUGGAUUGGGAAGUUGAAUUAACUGUGGUGAUCGGCAAACCGGCGAGCAGAGUCAAAGCUAAGGAUGCGUACAAAUAUGUUCUUGGAUACACAGUGGCUCAAGAUAUAAGUGCUAGGGACUGGCAAAAGGAGAGGAAUGGUGGGCAAUUCCUUCUGGGAAAGUCCAUGGACACCUUCUGCCCAAUCGGUCCCUGCAUCACGACUACCGAUGACAUCCAGGAUCCUCAGAACCUGUUCAUCAAAUGCAGCGUGAAUGGUGUUGAGAAACAGAAGAGCAAUACGAACCAAUUGGUGCACAAAAUACCUGAUGUUAUAGAAAGAUUGAGCUCGGUAAUGACUCUCCUUCCUGGCGACAUUCUUCUGACUGGCACGCCAGGGGGUGUAGGGAUGUACAGGUCACCACCAGAAUACUUGAAGCCCGGUGACGUCAUACACAGCGAAAUAGAGAAUAUAGGAGUAUUGGAAACCAGGGUAGAACAGCUGUAA